AUGCCAUCGAGCCGCUCCCCACUGCCUCUCGCCUCGCAAUGCCGGGCCGCGCCCCGCGCGUGCUCUCAUCGCCACGCCUUGGGCCGCGCGGCCCCCUCCGCCUUCGCGCCGUUCCGGCCACCUGCCGGUGCCGUGGCCGCCGGCGCCCCGCGGCACCGGGCGGCACCCAUUGCGGCUGCGUCCAGGUUACCCGGCGCCCGCGCCCGUAACCACUGCCCAGCGCCCGCAAAGGCCGUGGGCAUUGACACGUGGGGCCCGCCCCUGUUAGAUAAUUCAACCACCGACACCCCCACUGCCUCCGAAAAAUAUCUCCCCCUCUCCCCCGAUUGGAUCGGGAUCGAGAAGAGGAGACCGCUGGAUGCCGCCGCCCGGAGCGCGGCCUCGCCGGAGCUUCCCCCGCCGGACUGCCUCAUCCUCCUCGACGGCCUGCCUCCUCUCCGCCGGGUCGUCGUCGUCGUCCCCACGCACCGUUGCCCCGUGCCCUACAGCCCCCACCGUGAGCACGCGCCCCUCCUCUCUCUCCCCUGUCUCCCACAUGCUCGCGCGCACGCCCUCGUCCCACUUCGCCCGCCACCGGCCGCGCUCGCAGUCGCCAUCCCCUGCUCGCACACCCCGCCGUGCACGCCCACGCGCUUUGCUCCCUACCUAGCUGCUCGUCACGCGCCCGCAGCCACGAUCCGACGCCCACCUCCCGGUCUUCCCUCACGCCUGCCCGCUUCCCCCGUGCGCGCUCGCCAAGCUCGGGCCUCGCCCGCGCGCGCGUGGCUGCUGCCGACCGCUCGGCUUCCUCCCGCUGCUGCUUUGCUCCGUUCCGCCGCUGCCUCUGCUGUCGCCGCUGCGACCAACUGCGCCCCCGCUCGCCUCUGUGUUGCCCACCCCUCGCGGCCAUGCCAUCGGGCCGCUCCCCACUGCCCCUCGCCUCGCAGCGCCGGGCUGCGCCCCGCGCGCGCUCUUAUCGCCACUGCCUUGGGCCGCGCGGCCCGCUCUGCCUUCGCGCCGUUCCGACCACCUGCCGGUGCCGUGGCCGUCGGCGCCCCGCGGCGCUGGGCGGCACCCAUUGCAGCUGCGUCCAGAUGA